AUGCGGGAUACAAAAGACCCAGAACUGACACCCAUUCUUGGAGAUGUGUCAAAUGGAACCAACAAAGUCCUUAUGUCAACAAUUCCACAUGUAGCCACCUUAAGCCGACGAGCCAGAAUUUUAUUAGUACUUUGUAUCUUGUUCACAGAACUGUGUGAACGACUGACAUUUUAUGGUAUCGUGGCUAACCUUGUAUUAUAUUGUCGGGACUACUUAAAACUUGAGGCUCCAUUACCAAGCAGCAUCAGCCUUGCGUUCCAAGGUAACUGGUUUUCUUUUCUAUGCCAAAGAGGAAACCUCCACAACUUUCAUCUCAGACACAUUUCCCAAUCCAAGAACUGAUAAACUGAGAAGGGGUUGGAACGCUAAGUACCAUGUAGUAACCACCAUACGGUGCACGCACCUACAUAUACCACUCAGUGAAUGACCACACUGUAAACCACCCCACAAUAUAAUGCUCCUAUCAUACAAUGCAUGGACCCAGGCUAGGCCCUUCACCUACCACACAGUGCAUGUACAUUAGGGAGCUCCAGGGAAAUUCGCCUACACUUGCCAUUUUCAGCAAAUUGGAAUAAACGUGACAAAGAUUGAAAAAACGUGAAUUCAUUUUAAGACUCACGUUUUCGCUGCAGUUGCGGUCGUUGAUGCUAGAGCUCCCUAUUUACCAUACGUAUACUGUGACACCUGCCACAUGGUUCAGUACUACACAAUGCAUGGACCCAGGCUAGGCACAGUGUGGUAGUUCAUCCCAUGGUACCUGAAUGUUCCAAAUCUAAUUGGAUAAACUUGUUACCCUCUAAGAGUCCCCUGCUAUUAAAAUAUUGGAGACACUUCACCAGAUCAAGAGAAAACUGGAAUACUCUGCAGAGAAAAACCUCUAGAAUGGCUUAGGACCUUUCCUCGCAGGGUGCAAAGAAAGUGAGGUUUACAGCCUGCCCUUUGGACAAGCUGUAGCUACAUGUAGCAUUUACUAACCCAAGAGUCAUUAUUGUUUAACUAGCCUGAGAAAAUCUUUCAUCAGUAGGAAUAAUAAUUAAUUUAUUAUCAUUAAUUUGUUUAUUAAUUACAUCAUUAGUUAGUUGAUAAAAUCCCUUGUUUUACUCAAUUCAUUGUAAUAAUAAGUGUUAUAUAAUAUAAUUUUGGUAAAUUAAUUUGUGGCACUCGGUACUACUUUAUUUUUUAUUAACAAGUUUACAAAUUUUUCUCACAUUCAAGGGACAUCAUUUUUCUCACCUGUGAUUGGUGGAUGGGUAGCUGAUACCUUCUUGGGGCGCUACAACACCAUAUAUGGAAGCUCCCUGUUAUAUCUUGUAGGCACUAUAGUUCUGGCAGCUGUAACAUUUGACUAUGGUACUGAUUAUGGUUUAAACACUGGUAGUAAAGAAGCAUUCCUGUUAAUUUCACUGCUUCUCAUUUCAAUUGGAACCGGGGGAAUCAAAGCCAAUGUCUCACCUCUAGGAGCAGAUCAACUAGAAGGCGAAGGCACAGUUAUUGUUCAGCGUUUUUUUGACUGGUUUUACUGGUUUAUCCAGUUGGGCUCAUUCCUGGCAUACACUGCAGUUGUAUCAAUUCAACAGCAGGUGUCUUUCUUUUAUGGUUAUGUGAUUACUGCCUCAUCAAUAUUCUUAGCCAUCAUGUUAUUUAUUAGUGGACGGAAAUACUAUAUUAUCCACCCUCAUAAGGGCAGCUACAUGACUGAUACAUGCAAAAUAAUUUGGCAAGGUUUAAAGAGGAUUCAGUGUAGAAAUGGUGGGUCAUCAAAUGUUCAUUGGCUUGAUAAAGCUAAAGAAAGUACUGGAGGAUUGUGGUCAGAGCAGCGAGUGGAAGACAUUAAGUCCCUUCUGAGAAUUGUGCCAAUAUUCCUUACAUUUAUUUUAUAUUGGACAAUCUAUGGACAGGUAAGUUGGUCACUGUUAAUUACAUAUAAAAGUACUUUAUAACUUUACUAUUGAAUCUUUUAUGGAUAUUAAGUUUAUUAAAUUUGUAGUAAAAUUACAUUUAUUUCAUACCACUCACUGCAGGCUAUUGGUUUAAUCUGAUAUGGAGCACUUUAUUAGUAUUUUAUUUUAAUUUAGUAGGCUAUAGAUUGCAAGAGUUACAUGUAAAUAAAAUACAAAUUAGAGAUUCUGUCAGUCCAUUGGUAAUUGUAAUACACAGACUUGAGAGAGAGAAAAAUAUUUACCACCCAGUUAGAGCUUAGAAUGUAUAAGAUGGAAAACUCUGAGCCUUCAGUUCAACCCUUAAUUGUCAUUGACUAAGUAGAGCCUUUAUCAAAUCUGUCGAUAUAACCAAGGUACUCUCACUGAGUUAUGAAUGUUUUUGUAUUUUGUUAUUCAGGGACAAACCAGCUACCUUCUCCAAGGCUCAUUCAUGAAGCUGAAGCUAUCAAAACAUUUCACCAUGCCAGCAGCAUCAUUAUACCUGUUUGAAAUCACAAUGCUACUUAUCCUUAUACCAGUUGUUGACCGCAUCAUUUAUCCGGCACUGCGCCAUUUUGGUGUUGACUUUACACCCUUGAGGAAAAUGGGGAUUGGGAUGCUGUUUGCUAUGGGGUCUGUGUUUAUGGCAGGAAUCAUGGAAAUUGAAAGAAAAAAGUACAUUGAGACUCAUGGAUAUUUUAAGCAGGAUCCAUUUGACACUCCAGUUAAUGCUUCACAAAUGAAUAUCUUUUAUCAAGUUCCACAGUAUAUACUUAUGGGAACAGGAGAGGUUUUGACUGCAAUUCCAGGUUAGUGAUUAUUAAGGACUAAAAAAAUUAGGCUUCAAAUUCAUUGAUUUUCUUUUCACAAAAGUACAUCAUUCUGUCCAAGCGGGCAUCUAUUUUUAAUGUCCAAACAGGCCAUAGAUGCAUGUUUGUGAAGAUUUCUAUUAUUUGUCGGUGAUUUUGGAUGCUACUUAUUUUGUUCAAAACUAUAAUUUUAUGAUUUUGCAAGAACUUUUUGGCUUAAGAGUUAUACGGUUAAUUUUACAAGACAUAGAACAAAUUUUUGUUGAAGCUUAUGGUUUAGUUGCCCACAAAAUAAUAAAACAGAAGCCUUAAAGUAUUGGAUUUUGGUUUUUUGAAAUUAGUACUUCAGUGUAAAUCUCCUUUGAAAUGGUAAUCUUUCAAUAGCACAUGUAUGGCAGGUAUGGUAUUGAUCUGUCCUCUCUACUGACCCUCUCUGAAAUGUUAUUCUCAGUGACUGGGCUUACAUGUUAUGUGGACUCGAUUUUUGUCAGACUUGGCUUACCCUUUUUUUUUUCUAUUACCAGGAUUGGCCUUUGCUUACUCCCAAUCCCCCCUUUAUCUGCGGGGUGUGGUCAUGGGCCUGAACCUGGCAACCAUUGGCAUUGGUUUUUAUGUGGCAGGAGCCCUGGCUGCUAUAGCAAAGAAAGCUUCAGGAGAUACCUGGUAUCCUCAGGAUCUCAAUGAUGGCAAACUAGAAAAUUAUUUCUUCUUUCUGGCUGCUGUCAUGUUCUUGAAUUUCUUGGUGUUUGUGUUCAUAGCCAGGAAAUACAAAUAUGUGGAACUGUCACAGACAAGAAAGUCUCUUACAGUGCAGAAGGAAAUCCAGCAGUCACAAAUGAACUGUUCAAUAGAUAGCAUAGAGGAUAAUUACUCAUGA